AUGUUAGUGGAGCAGAAUCUCAAGAGGGGACCUGAAUUGCAAGAACGAAGGAAGAGAGCUGCUCAACAAGGAUUCUCUAAUUUAGAUCAAGGGCCAUGGAAGAAGAGAAAUGAGGGAAGUAGUUCAAGCCAGAGACAGAUGCAAAGGGAAGUGGGAUCAUGUUUCAAAUGUGGUAAGGAUGGGCACUUCAUUAGAGAAUGUUCAUUGCUUGCGGAGAACAACAAAAGGCCCAACCCACCUCAAAACUUUAGGCCUAAUAACCAAGGCAACAUUCAACAGAGGAUUGUGCCGGCACGAGUGUUUGCUUUGACACCGGGAGAAGCUGAGGACAAGAAUGAUGUAAUCACAGGAAUUAUCCUCCUGUUUCUCAACAAGGCUACUAUUUUAUUUGACUCAGGGGCUACCCACUCUUUUAUUUCAACGAAUUAUGUUAAGUUCUGCCCCGUUGAUGCUGAUGAAAUGGACUACAAUUUGAGGGUCUCAACCCCAGCAGGUGAUAUAGUGACCUGCAACAAGAUUAUACUUAAGUGUCCAAUAACUAUUCGCGGGAGGGAAAUGCCAACUAACCUGAUAGUCUUUCCUAUGAUUGGGUUUGAUGGGUAUUUGGCUUUCGUGGUGGAUGAACCCAAGGAAGAAUUGGAGUUAGAAGAGAUCCUUAUUGUGAGAGAGUAUCUGGAGGUUUUUCCUAAAGAUUUGUUUGGAUUGCCACCCGAGCGGGAGGUAGAGUUUGUUAUUGAGUUAGCCCCAGGCACAGUGCCUCUUUCCAAAGCCCCUUAUCGAAUGGCACCAUCAGAGUUAGCCAGCUCAAAGAACAGUUGCAAGACUUAUUAG